AUGGCGGCAUUUUCAGAGUGUCUUACGGAAGUGGGGCUACAGGAUUUAGGAUUCAGUGGUUACCCAUAUACUUGGGAAAAUUGUAGAAGAAAUGGCGGCUACAUUGAAGAGAGCCUGGAUCGCUUUGUUGCAAACCAUGAAUGGAGGGCGUGCUGGCGUAAUGGGCAGGUUCUUCAUUUUGACGCAACCCGGUCAGACCAUCGGCCCGUGGCUUGCGACACGCUCGGGGAGGAAGAUGAGGAAACACGAUGGGGAUGGUCCUUCCACUUUGAAGCUCAAUGGACUAAGCACCCUGAGUGUGAGAACAUGAUAGCUACAGCGUGGGGCUCUGCCACCGGGAAUGCUCUCAUGAAAUGUACUCAAGUGAAAGAUUCUCUGGACGGGUGGAGCAGGGCGGCUUUCCCGAAUUUCCGUAGACAGAAAGCGAGAAUCAGAAGAGCGCUAAAUGCUCUGGAGCGAAGGGAGAGGACGCCAGAAGUUCUUGAUCAAAGGGCCAAGUUACAGCUUGAGAUGGAUGAGUUGGAGAGCGAUGAGGAGCUCUACUGGCAGUAG